AUGCACAUGGUUGCCAUAGUAAUAUUACUCUGCUUUUGCAAAGCUGCUGAGCUAAGCAGAGCCAACCCUGCUGGUUUGAGAAAUCGAGUAAAUCACGGCCGGGCAGGUGGGGACCAGAGAGGUCCAGUCAAAUGCUAUGCACCAGGCCUCCCCUGCGAUGUAUACAUGUAUCUCCACGAGAAGUACUUAGAUUGUCAAGAAAGAAAAUUAGUUUAUGUGUUACCUGAUUGGCCUCAAGAUCUGCUGCACAUGCUGUUAGCAAGAAACAAGAUCCAAGUGUUAAAAAACAACAUGUUUGCCAAGUUUACAAAGCUGAAAAGUCUGGAUCUGCAACAGAAUGAGAUCUCCAAACUUGAGAAUGCGGCAUUCUUUGGUUUAAACAAACUUACAACCCUUUUACUGCAGCAAAACCAGAUCAAAGUCUUGACGGAGGAGGUGUUCAUUUAUACACCUCUACCUAGCUACCUGAGACUUUAUGACAACCCCUGGCACUCUGCUUUUUCAGGGCUGACACAUUUAGAAGAGCUAGAUUUAUCAAACAACAGUCUGCAAAAUUUCGACUAUGGAGUAUUAGAAAACUUGUAUUUUUUGAAACCCUUAUGGCUCAAAGAUCACCCUUGGAGAUGUGACUACAACAUACACUACCUCUACUACUGGCUAAAGCACCACUACAACGUCCAUUACAGUGGUCUGGAAUGCAAAAUGCCAGAGGAAUACAAAGGAUGGUCUGUGGGAAAGUAUGUUCGGAGUUACUAUGAAGAAUGUCCUAAAGACAAGUUACCAGCAUACCCCGAGGCAUUUGACCAGGAUACAGAAGAUGAUGAAUGGGGAAAAAUAACUAAGGAUCAUACAGCAAAGAAGCAAAGUGUGUGCAUCACCAUAGUGGGAUAGUUUAGCAACAGUUCUGUUUGGGACUUGCUGUACUGGCAUCAGAAAACGGUGUGUUUACAAUUUGAUUGACUGUGUUGCCUAUUUAUGCAGGGUUACCCAGCUAUAAGAGGCUUUUUUCCAAUUGGUUUGUGUGUAAUUGAAAAAAUACUAUCAUCCUGCUUGCCUGUCUGCUCAAGCCACCUUUGGUGACACGCAGUCCCACACUGGUAACCUGCAGGAG